AUGUCCAUCGAGCCGGACAUCACCCUCGACAAUGUCGCCCAGAUCCUCCAGCACGACACCAAGGUGAAGCUGGCGGGCGUCGACGUCGACGGCAUCCUGCGCGGCAAGCUGGUCUCGAAGAGCAAGUUCCUGUCGAUUGUGGCCGACGGGUUCGGCUUCUGUUCGGUGGUCUUUGGCUGGGACAUGCACGACCGGACGUAUUUCAAAGAGCUGGCCAUCAGCAAUAAGGAGAACGGGUAUCGCGACCUUGUCGCCAUUCCGGACCUGCGCAGCUUCCGUCGGAUCCCCUGGGAAAAUAACGUGCCCUUUUUUCUUGUCAGCUUCUUCGAUCCGGAUACGAGGGAACCGGUAUGUGCUUGUCCCCGUGGGCUACUCAAGACGGCGUCGGGGAGGGUAGAGGCGGCUGGUUAUCGGGCUAUGGCGGGGGCCGAGUAUGAGUUCUAUCAAUUUCGCGCCCCGGGAAACAAUUCUACCCCAGAACGCAACGCGUCGGCUACGGCGGCCUUUCUCAAGGAGAACCCCGUCGAGGCGCUCCCCCCGUUGACCGAGGGUAUGUUUGGAUACAGUAUCACCCGGCCGAUCCAUAACCAGGAGUACUAUUAUGGUAUUUUUGAUGCCUGUGAGGAGUUCAGAUGCGGGAUUGAGGGGUGGCAUACCGAGAGCGGGCCUGGUGUGUUUGAGGCGGCGCUUCAAUAUAGCGAAGCCAAAGAUAUGGCCGACAAGGCUGGACUUUUUAAAUACGUCGUCAAAGCGAUGGGUACGAAACACGGCAUCACCCCCGCGUUCAUGGCGAAGCCGCGCGAGGGCCUCCCCGGAAACAGUGGACAUAUGCACAUCUCGCUCGUGACGGAAGACGGGAAGAACGCCUUCUUCCGCGAGACCGCGGACCCGUCGCCGCCCUAUCCGGAUGUCGCCAAUCUGUCUGACCUGGGGCGACAUUUCCUUGCCGGUCUGCUGGAAGGAUUGCCGGACAUCAUGCCCCUGUUAGCUCCCACGGUGAACUCGUACAAGCGGCUGGUCGAGAACUUCUGGGCCCCCGUGACGGUCUCGUGGGGACUAGAGCACCGCGCAGCCUCGAUCCGGCUCAUCACCCCGCCGACCGCCAGCCCCAAGGCGACACGGUUCGAGGUGCGCGUGCCCGGCGCUGACGCCAACCCGCACUUUGUCCUGGCCGCGAUCCUCGCGCUGGGCUGGCGCGGGGUGGAAAAGAAACUCGAGAUCCCCGUGCCGCCGCUGUCGAGAGGCCAGGAAAUGGGAGACGACGAGGGAGACCAAGGCAUCCGGCUCGCCAAGUCCCUGCGUGAAGCCACCGCGACCUUUAUGCGUCACGACAGCAUCGCCCGCGAGGUGUUUGGCGAUGCCUUUGUGGACCAUUUCGGGGGCACGCGCGAGCAUGAAGUACGCCUGUGGGAGGAGGCCGUGACAGACUGGGAGGUACGACGCUACAUCGAGACUGUCUAG